UAGUUUUUUUGGUUUAUGGUUGUCAAAUCCUAUAAAUACAAGAACUUAGUAUGUCACAUUUCACACAUCACAUUAUAAACAAAAGAAGUUCGAGCAUAUAAUAAAACAUGUCUGCAAAACAGAUUUUCGAGAAGUUCGACAAGAACAAAAACGGUAAACUCUCGCUAGACGAGUUCCGUGAAGCGGUUCUUGCUUUCUCUCUAAACAUUUCUGAGAAAGAAGUCACACAAAUGUUCAAGGACAUUGAUGUGGAUGGUGAUGGCGAGCUCAGCUCCGACGAGUUUGCUUCAUCUGUUGAUAAAAUGUUGAAAGAAGCUUUUGCUUUAUGCGAUGCUGACGGUGACGGAAAGAUUACUUCCAGUGAGUUCCAUGCAGCCAUGAUUGGGCUUGGGAAGGAAUGCACUGAAGAGAAAUGUGCCGAGAUGGUUAAAACCGUUGAUGCAGAUGGCGAUGGUUAUCUGAGCUUCGAAGAGUUUAUGGUUAUGAUAAUCGGCGAAUUUUAAGAUAUAAGUUAUCUGCUUGCUUAGUAGUAAUUGUGUUUAGUUAUAUAAUAAUUAGUAAAGCUUAUUGAUGUUUAUUAUCAUCGGUUUAGAGGUUUCUCGACCGUACUUUUAUCUUUAUAAACAAAUUCAAGUGCA